GCGCCAUCUCGUACCUGGAAAAGUUUGCAGAUACUGAUCAGCUUUAGUUAUGUCUAUGUAUCGCAAUCAAGGGGGAUCACGUGAUAGAGGUAUCAUGGGUCGUGAUAGAGACCGUGCAAUGGCACCCCCAAUGUCUCAGGAUCACAGAAGAAUGGGAGGUCGGGAAGAUCGCACAAGGCUGGAUCGUGAUACUCAGGAUCGAGGCAUGAUGGGAAAUAACAGAGGCAUGAUGGGUGGACAAACAAGUAGCGCAAAUCGUAUGUCAAUGGGUGGUAUGAGCCAGAACACGAUUAUGAGCAAUGCCGCAGCAGCCACACGUAGCAUUCUUGGGAGUCCUUCGGGAAUGGGUCAUCAAGGUGGAAACCCAGGGUUGCUAGGUGACACUCCACAGCAACAGCGUAUGAUGAAUCAGAUGCAGCAGCAGAACCUUGGCUCAUUUGGUCUCCUUGGAGAUGGCCCUGCACAGGAUCAAUAUGGUGGAUCUAAUAUAAGAGGGAAUUCUGGAGGUUCUAAGGCACCCAUGGGCAAUUCAAGUAUUCUUGGGAAUUUCAAUGGUUCAAAUGAGAGCAAAUUUGAUUCAUCCUACAACACUCCGUCUUCAAGAUCAAAUCAGUCUGCAGGACCUUUAUCAACAACUCAGUUGGAAUAUGCUGCCAACCUUCUUAAGGAUGCCAUCACUGUCACACAGAACAAGAUCGUAGGAGAACAACAACAGGACAUGCAGGUUGAAGUGCGCCACCAGCAGAAGCUCAUGCAAGAAAAACAGCGACUUCAGCAACAACAACAACAAGACUUGCUAAGGCAACAACAACAGGAGGCUCUGAGACAACAACAGCAAGAGGCAGCAUUACGUCAACAGGAGAUGCAACAGCAAAUGAAGAUAAAGCAACAACAGCAAAUGCUACAGCAACAACAAGAGCAGAUGCUGCAACAACAAAGAAUGCAACAGCAACUGCAACUGCAGCAAAACAUGCAGGGUUUCCAAGGCAACAUGCAGCAAAACAUGGCAAGAAACAUGCAGCCUAAUAUGGGUGGGCCUGGCAUUCUGGGAGCAAAACCCCUAUUUUCCCCAUUGGAGGCGGAGCGUGCACGGGCAGUGAUACGUAGUCGCCAGGCUGACAAACGUGAGCGUGACCGUCAUGGCAACAUUAUUCGUAGCCCUGGGCGUGAUAACAGAUCCAGAGGACGCGAUAAUGAUCGUAGAGAUAGAGAUCGGGAUCGUGGAAAGCGUCCACAUUCUCGAGAUCAUGAUUCAAAUAAGAGACAGCGUCGUAGCAGUGAGAGUCGAAGAAAUGAUCGUGAUCGACGUCCAAGUCGCAACCGGAGUGCUGAUCCCAAGAAGGAAACUCCUUCCAAGAAAGAAAAGACAACACCAGUUAAAGAAGAGAAGGAGUAUGACCCUGAAGAGCCAACUGAUGAUGUUGAGGAUGCCCCUAUGGAGACAUCUGAGGCCAAACCAGAAGACAUCAAAGUCACUGUAAAGAAGAAUUACAAGGAACGCUCUGUCGAGACAAAACCUAAAGAGGAGAAAUCUUCAGAGAAGAAGGAGGAAAAGUUGAAGGAUGAUGAAAAAGACAAGAAAGAUACUGGUGACAAAUCUAAGGCUAAGGAAGAAAAGGAGAGUGAGCCACCCAAGCUGAUGAUGGAAUGUCAUGCCUGCAAUGUCAAGUGUGAUGAGGGUAGCUUCAAACGCCACAUGAGUGGCCGACGUCAUGCUGAAAAGAUGGCGUCACUUGCAGGAGGCAAAGAUCAGAGCAGCGAUAACUUGUCUGCAGAAGAGCAGAAGAAAAAAGUUGCUGAGCAUCUGAGAGAAGUCGAGAAGAAAUAUGCCAAGAAACCUUCUCCUGGUGAAUGUGCAAUUUGCCAGAAACACUUUGGUGUCCGAGGCCUCCAGCAACACUACAGAGACUCUGAACAUAAGCGAAGACAGAGACUAUGUGAUAAGGGUUGUAUUCUGUGUAAGACUGGCAAGUUUGCCAACUACUCUGUCUACUGCGACCAUCUCAACACCAAGAGCCACAAAGAUAACAAGGCAGAGCUGCAGGUCAAGUUGAAGGCACAGAAAGAAGAAGAAGAGAAAGAAAGAAGGGAGAAAAGAGAACAAAGGCACAAAGAACGCGAGGAACGAGAAAAGAAGGAGAAAACUGAGAAGGCAAAAGCAGAAGAGGAGAAAAAGGAGAAGUUGAAGGAGAAGAUUACUGUCAGUGUACCUGAUGAAUACAGCCCUGAACUCGCUGUUGGUCAAGAGUAUGUGGUUCCUGUAUCUGGAUUUUUCUGUAAGUUGUGCCACAAGUUCUACAACAAUCAAACUGCAGCCAAGGUCACCCAUUGUACUUCUCUGCCUCACUAUGAGAAAGUCAAGGAAGCAAUCAAGAAGAGAGAUUCUUUCCUGCGUGUCCGUGCUGCUAAGGCUUCUGCCGCAGCUAAGGCAAAAGCUGAGGCAGUGGAGAAAACACCUGAACCAGUUGAAGUGAAAGACGAGGUCAAAGAGGAGGUUAAGGAAGAAGUCAAAGAGGAGACCAAAGAUGAAGUUAUUGAUGACGAAAUUGACGAAGCCGUACAAAAUGGGGAGGAUGAAUCCAUGGAAGAGCAAGUUGAGGAUCAUAGGGAGGAAGAAGAGAAGAUGGAAGAGAAUGUUAUCACAAUGGCAAUUGAAGAUGAGGCAGAGGAGGAGGGAGGUGAUACAGAAGAGGAGACAGCCAAGGUGGAUGAAGAAAAGGAGGCAGCCGCUGAGGCUGAGGAAAUCCUGCUUGCAGAGGCGAGUGAUGAUCUUGGGACAGAUGAAGAUGCCGUUGAAGUUGAGCCAGAGGUGGUCCCUGUUAAGAAGCCUACCGCGGCUAAACGAACUCCCAGAGGACGUGCACGAGGCCGUGGGAGAGGACGAGGAAAGAAAUAAACUUUUUCAAUUGUUUUUGUGACAUCAAAUUGUUAUAUAAUUUGACAUCACAAUGGACUCUAUAAACUCCAGACGUUAAAAAGGAUUGAAUAAAAUUCAUCAUGGCGAUAAUCACAAUCGUCAUGCAUAUAUCAAUCAUGCAGGUUUAUUUUAGUAUAAAGCUUGGAAUAAUAAAUUUUUAUCUUUCUCUCUUUAUUGAAACAAUUUCAAUUUCAGUCUCAAAAUGCUUUGUAUUGUAUGAACGAUCUAAAAUAUAAAAAUGAAAUAAUGUUUAUUCUGUUCUUCAGAGAAACCAAUUUAUUUCGAGACUCAACCUGAAUCCAUAAGUCUUUUUCAAGAUAUGAAUUUUUAAAAAUAUAAACGAACAGCAUACAUCUAUAUUACAGUGUAUAUUUGUAGUCUUGAUAAAAUAAAUUGAUUUCUCUCAAGUAAACCAGAGAGAUGAACUUACAUAGAACUACUUCAUAAUACUUUUUUA